AUGCACAAGAUUUUAGUCCAUGACGCAGUCAUAAUUGAAAAGGCAUUAUUACCAAUCGGACAGCUUUCCGAGGAAGCAGCUGAGGCUCGCAAUAAACAUUUUAGAUGUUUCCGACAAGAUUUUGCGAGGAAAUUUUCCAGAAAAGAUUGUAAUCAGGAUAUUUUUAAUCGCCUUCUGCUCAGUUCAGAUCCUUUGCUCAGUAGCAUGCGAACUGUAAAGAAAAGGAAAGUAGAAACAUUUUUGCCUGAAACCUUAGCCAUGUUUGUAUCUGCGGAAUCCAACAUAUUAUCUGAAAAUUCAUCAGAGAGCGACGAAGAAACUUAG